AUGGCACGACUGCUGCAGCUCUCUUUUCUCUACAUCGUUUACAGCACCUCUUGGAUUUGCUGUAAAUGGUGCUUCAGUGCUGGCAAGCAGCAGCCACUCAGUCUGAUCAGAGAACGUGGAGGCCAGGGUACGCAAACCCUGGCCGUGCGCAACAUUACCCUCACGAAAGACAGCCGGGUCUUGUUGAGUAAGAUCACAGCAGCAGGAAAAAGACGCAAGUGGCGACAGGUGCAAAAGCUAUUUUCUACUUACAGUGGAAGCGACAUUCCUAUUCUGGCGGCAGUGAUGCACAUAUCGUUGAAGUGUCGUGAAUACGAAGAAGGCCGCCGUGUUUUCGAAAGAUUGUGCAAGGAAAACCUGGACAAGAACGGUCCAGUCUUCGCAGCAGCUUUGAAGAUUUAUGCAAGCCUUGGCGAAAGUGUACGAGUUCAAGAAAUUUGGGAAGAAGCCAUGGCGGCUUGUGAGAUCAAUGCUCCCUUAGCUUCGGCGCGUAUUGAUGCUGCAGCUGUGGAGGGAGAUUUUGACUCAGCUCUGGAAGUCUUGGAGCUACUGCACAACUGUGACACCGCAAUAGACAUCGUUCAUAUUACAUCUGCCCUCCGUGCAUGUCGGAGUGCCAAGGGGCAACGACAUGAAUCGGCAAAGGACCUGUUGCAACGGGCUUUCGACUUGAACCUACACCCCAAUGUCGUGACGUUUACAUCACUACUUGCAUGCUUCUCCGAUGCACCGCUCAGCGAAAUUCAGGCGGCAUAUGCGCAAAUGCAGGAACUCCGCAUCAAACCAAACAAAGUGUUUGCCGAGACCUAUGUCACUGUUGUCCUUGGAAGGAUACCUCAUGGUUCUUCAACUGUGGAGUCGAUCCAAAGCGAUGUUCUGCCUUCACAGCCACCGGCUCGGGUGCAGGCUGCAAAGGAUGCCUUGGAAGAUUUCAAAGCCGCCGGUGUUCAACUCACGGCCUUAACUAAAGUAGUCGAUUCAGCCUUACAAACCUGGGAGUACAAGACGCCCUGA